AUGAGCGCCGUCAAGAGGAAGGACGGUCCAGCCCCCGCGUCCAAGGCUUCGGCCCCAUCGACCCUUCAACCUCUGAAAUCUUCAGUCUUGACGAGCCUUAGGGAUGACGAGCCCAUGUUCCCGCGAGACAAGGUGGACCCGGAUGCUGUCAAGGUUGAGAGUUUAAGCUUCAAGAAACUUGUCAAGGGAUCUCUUGUUCUUGGCCAAGUUACCAGCAUUAAUGCGCUCGACCUUGUUGUCGCGCUUCCCAACAAUCUCACCGGCUCAGUCCCCAUCACCGCCAUUUCAGAUUCCCUUACCACCCGCCUACAGGAACUCGAGGCCAGUUCGGACGACGAGAACGAAGACGAUGCGGCCGCCCAGGGAGUCGAACUAGCUAGUCUUUUCCACGUUGGCCAGUACGUCAGAGCUUGCGUGACGUCCACCAUGGAUGAGUCAAAGGUAGACAAGAAGAAAACCAAGGCCAAGAAACGAAUCGACCUCUCCCUCCGCCCUUCUGACACGAACCCCGGCCUCACGACCGACGAUAUCGUCACGAGUGCCUCGCUCAUGGCCUCCAUCGUUAGCGUGGAGGAUCAUGGCUGCGUCAUGGACAUUGGCUUAGAAGGCUCCGACAUCCGGGGCUUCCUACCAAAGAAGGAGAUUGACCCUGCCAUUGAUGAGCGACGUCUACAGCCGGGCAACGCUUUCUUGUGCCUAGUCACCGGCAAGAGCCCUAAUAAGCGCGUAAUCCAACUAACCACCUUGGCUGAGAAGUUGGGAUCGCUCAAGGCUCUUCCGUACGAUGCCACAACGAUCAACACCUUCCUUCCCGCCGAUCUUCUGCACUCGGGACUUGCUACAGACACGAUCGACCUCGAUACUGCUUGCAAGAUCGGUACAAAGAUCAAGGCCAGGGUCAUCUGCAACUUUGCCACGGCCAAGAACCCGAAGCUUGGUAUCUCCCUCUUGCCUCACAUUCUCGGCCUCAGUCAAAAGACUAUUUCCGUCGAAGGGGAGGAUAGACCUCCUCUCGGCGCCAUGCCUAUAUCGUCAACUGUCGAGAAAUGUGUUGUCAAGAAGGUUGAGAACGAUAUCGGCUUGUUCGUGGAUAUCGGCUUGGAGGGUUACCGUGGCUUUGUCCACAUCUCGCGAGUCAAGGAUGGCAAGGUCGAUGCCCUCUUUGAGCACACUGGUGCUUAUAAGCUCGAUACCGAACACAAAGGACGCGUGCUUGGCUACAACCCAGUGGACGGCGUCUUCCAGCUGUCUUUUGAGCAGAGCGUUCUCGAGAAACAAUACCUCAGACUCGAAGACAUCCCUAUCGGAGAGGUUGUGAACUGCACUGUCGAAUCGCUCGUUAUAGGGCCCGAGGGCGUCAAGGGCCUCAUCGUCAAGUUGUCCGAUGGUAUGACAGGUUUCAUCACCGAAAGGCAUCUCGCCGAUGUGCAGCUACAGCACCCCGAGAAGAAGUUUAGGGAAGGCAUGAAAGUCAAGGCUCGCGUUCUUUCCGUUGAUUUGCUUGAGCGACAGAUGCGCUUAACUCUCAAGAAGACUCUAGUCAACUCGGAUGCGCCUGUGAUCAAGUCCUUCGAUGAUGUAUCGAUCGGAAUGCAAGUUCCGGGCACAAUCACCAAGGUCCUCCCCAAUGGCGCCUCCAUUCAGUUCUACGGCCCUCUUAGGGGCUUCUUGCCGCGCUCAGAGAUGAGCGAGGCUUUCAUCCGCAACCCCGAGGAGCAUUUCCGCGCCGGCCAGGUUGUUAGCCUUCACGUGAUAGAUGUUGACGCUGAGCUGAACAAGUUGAUCGUCUCCUGCAAGGAUCCUUCAUCCUUUGGAGUCGAAAAACAAACUGCCCUCAUGGGCCUACAGGUUGGCGACGUGGUGUCCGGCAAGGUUACGGAAAAGACGGAAGACGUCAUCCUAGAGCUCGAAGGCAGCGGCCUCCGAGCCACCCUUGCAGUGGCCCAUUUGACCGACAGAUCCCUCGCUAAAUGUCGCUCUGAGCUCAAGCGGAUACACGUCGGCCAAACUCUAACCGACCUUAUGGUCGUCGACAAGCACGACCGCCGUCGAGCCAUCGUGUUAACGCGGAAGCCUAGCCUCAUCGAGGCGCAGAAAUCCGGCAAACUUUUGGUAGACGCGAGCACCGCCAAGGUUGGUGAUGUUCUCGCCGGCUACGUUCGAGACAUCAUUCCUGCCGGCGUUCUCGUCCAGUUCGGCGGUGGCACUAGGGCCCUGCUUCCCAAGGCUCGCAUCCCUCCCGAGGCGCAAGAACAAGAAGAUUUCGGCAUGUUUAGGCUGCAGUCCAUCACCGUCAAGAUUGUCUCCGUUAUUCCAGACCAAGGCCGCCUCGUAGUCGCCCUUCCGACUACAGAAGAUGAAGAGGCUAGCAAUAUCCAGCUCGACUUUGGUUCCAAAACCAAAGCCGUCAUCACUUCGGUUCGCGACACGCAGUUGAACGUCAAGGUAGCCGGCAACCAGCACGGCAGAAUUGACAUGUCAGAGAUUUACGACAAGUGGUCGGAAAUCAAAGACCCCAAGGCUCCUCUAGCCUCGUUCAGCAAGAACGACACCAUUGACGUCCGUGUGCUGGGUACCCACGACGCGCGGAACCAUCGAUUCCUUCCCAUCUCUCACCGCGGAUCGAGCAACAAGGUCCUCGAACUUACAGCCAGACCUACUGCCCUCAAAAGCGAACCUCUCGAGGCUACUACUAUCGACAAGGUAGAGGUUGGGGCCGAGUAUAUUGCGUUCGUCAACGCUAACGGCGAGCGACACAUCUGGGUCAAUCUAUCGCCCUUUGUCAGGAGCCGCCUCAACGCCAUCGACAUCUCGGACGACGUUUCCGUCCUCAAGGAUAUCCCCGGUAAUUAUCCAAUUGGCUCCGCCCUCAAGGUCCGCGUCCUAUCGGUGAAUGCCGAGACCGGAAGGGUCGACGUCUCCGCUAGCCGACGCACUGCUUCUUGCUCUCUGUCUUGGAGUGACGUCAAGGCAAACGAAAUCGUGACCGGACGGGUGACCAAGGUCAACGAGCGGCAGGUUCUUGUGCAAUUAAACAACGAGCUGGCCGGUCCCAUUCACCUUCCCGAUCUUGCCGAUGACUACUCUGAAGCCAAGCCCCUCAAUUUCAAGAAGAACGACCUUGUCAAGGUAUCCGUUGUCGAGGUCGACAAAGCCAAUAAGCGCCUCCGUCUUUCUACCCGACCAUCACGCCUCCUCAACUCGGAUACUGAAGUUGUGGAUCGUGAGAUUACAAGCGUUGACCAAAUUUCUAAUGGUGACAUCAUUCGCGGGUUCGUCAAGUCCGUCACCGAUGUUGGCCUCUUCGUCCUGUUAGGUGGCCACAUCUCGGCGUACGUCAAGAUUGCCAACCUAUCAGACAAGUUCUUGAAGAAAUGGAAGGAUGAGUUCCAGGUUGACCAGCUCGUCAAAGGCCGUGUCAUUCUAGUAGAUGCCGUAACCGGACGGGUCGAACUCAGCCUGAAGGAGUCUGCCGUCGACGAGAACUACGUACCGCUCAAGACCUUUAGCGAUAUCAGGGAAGGCCAGAUCCUCACAGGCAAGGUUCGCAAGGUCGAGUCGUACGGUGCUUUCAUUGAGCUUGACCACUCGACCAAUAUCAGAGGUCUUUGCCACCGCAGCGAAAUGGCAGAGGCGCCCGUGAGCGACCCUUCCAAGCUCUAUACCGAGGGCGAUGCAGUCAAGGUCUACGUUGUGAUCGUAGACCAGGAAAAGAAGCGCCUAAGCCUUAGCUUGAAGCCCUCGCACUUUGAUGGCGACGAUUCUGAUCUCGAGAUGGGGGAUGCGGCAGAGGAUGACGAUGACGACGAAGACGACGACGAUGAUGAGGAGCCGAGCUCAUCGACGAGGAGAUGGAUGAUCGAGGACGAUGAGGAAGAAGGCGGCGUAGGCCUCGCAGAAUCGGGCCUUGGAGGAGCUAGCUCCAAAUACAAUUGGGCAGGAGACGCGUUUGGCGAUGACGAUGCGGAGUCGGACAAGGAGGACCAGUCAGGAGCAAAGGCCUCUGAGUCGCGAAAGCAGCGCAAAAGGGACGAAUCGAGCGACUACGAACGUCUUCUCUUGGGACAGCCCGAUUCCUCGGAGCUGUGGAUCGCGUACAUGGCGCUUCAGAUGCAGGUCAGCGAGCUCGCCAAGGCGCGAGAAAUCGCUGAACGGGCCCUCAAAACGAUCAACAUCCGGGAACAGACGGAGAAGCUCAACGUAUGGAUCGCCUACCUCAACUUGGAAAUGGUCUACGGCACAAAAGAGACCCUGGACGACAUCUUCAAACGGGCAUGCCAGUACAACGAUGAACAAGAGGUGUACGAGAGGGUCAUUAGCAUCUACAUCCGAACCGGCAAGCACAAGGUGUGGCUCAACUACGGUCACUUCCUCUACGUGACAUGCGAGGAGCCUGAGCGCGGCCGGGCCCUUCUCGCGAGGGCGCGCCAGAGCCUGGAGCAGCGCCACCACCUCAACACGUCGGUCCGGUACGCGGCCCUCGAGUGGCGCUCGCCUAAGGGCGACCCGGAAAAGGGCCGCACCUUUUUCGAGGGUAUUCUCGCCAAAUAUCCCAAGAAGGGCGACAUCUGGAAGCAGCUGCUGGACCUGGAGCUGGGUGCGGGCGGGGAUAAGGCGGACCCGGCCAUCGUGCGCGACGUGUUUGAGCGCAGGACCAAGGUCAAGGGCCUGAAGCCGCUUCAGGCUAAGAAGUGGUUCGAGAAGUGGGCGGAUUGGGAGGGCCAGACGGACCCCAAGGGCAGGCAGAAGAUUAUGACGCGAGCGGGCGAGUGGGUCGCCGCGUAUAAGGCGAAGCAGGCGGCGAGGCAGGAGGAAGCCGAUGCGGACGAGGAAGAUGAGGAAUAA